GAAAAAAAAAUGUAAUCAUUAUAAUUUAUAUUUUUUAGUGCAUUUAAAAUAUUUUUUAAUUUUUAUUUCUUUUGUAAAAUUUAUAAAGAAUACUUUAACGUUGGUUCGAGUGCUAUCGUUUUUAUAUAAGGUAUAUUUAUUAAGAUAUAAACUUACAAAAUGCUUAUAGCAAGAAAUUUGAUUCGACAUUUUAUGAAGUUUUCUCAAACUAAAAUGAAUAAUAAACCAAAAUUAUAUAUUUGUGUUGGAACUCGUUGUUUAAGCAGUAUUUAUGAACCAGAUUAUUUGGACAGACUAAAGCCUGAUAUUCCAGAAUAUGAAGAAAUCAAUGUACAGAUAAAAGGGUAUGACUUUGCUGUUUUAGAGUCAUUUCAAAAAUUUGUUCAUGCCACAGCAGAAAAUAUGGAUAUUGAAGUAUCUAAUGGUUGGGCAUUACCACCAAAAAUUAUCAAUGUUAAGAGAUUAGUUCCAAAUAGUGAAAAUGUAGAAACCCAAUAUAACCUUAAUGUUUAUGAAAGAAAUAUUCAGGUUGUUGAUGUACCUUCAAAUAAGCUAUCUUUGCUUAUUGAAGUUAUUGAAUAUUCUCUGCCUGUUGGAGUUUCAGUAUCUAUUCAUCCACAUACAGAGGAACACGAGACAUUAAAAUAUAUACCUGACAAUGAACUUCAAUCAUUAAAAGAACAGCUGGAAGAAAUGGGUGGAUCAAAAAAGAAAAAGUAGAAUCAUUACAAUUUGUUAUAUAUAAUAAUUUAUAACAUCAUUUUCAUUUAGAUAAAGGCAGCAUUAAUAAAUUUGUUUGCUUAAAUAUAUGUAUAAUAUUAUUUA